AUGGCAUCAUUCUCCUUCGGAUUCGGCGGCGAUGACAUAGAGGACAACUCCGUCCCCGUCCCGGCCACCGAGGCCUCCGCGCCCGCCCCGGAGCCCGAGACCCCGCAGUCCGCUGCAGCAGCCAGCGCCUUUCCGGUCCCUGGCAAACCCCAGCUGCCGCCCACCGCCCACGACCUGCAGGACAUGCUCUCCAAGCUGCCCUCAAAGGUCGCUUUCGGCACCCUGGACGUCACCCUGGACGACGGUAGCCUCAUCAAGAUCCCCCGUCGUGAGCUCUGGGACGUGCGAGUGCAGCUCAUGGCCGAGGACGAGGCCGCCGGGGAUGGUGCUGAUGCCGAAGGACUCGGCAGCCACGAUGUCAAGACGGGUGUCUACGAGGGCGGUUUUAAGAGCUGGGAGAGCAGCGUGGACCUCGUCAAGGUUCUCGCCAGUGGCCAAUACUUGGACCUGCUCAAGCAACGGCCUCUCCGAGUGAUCGAGCUUGGAUGCGGCACAGCGCUCCCUUCGCUGGCUCUUUUGCAAUGGACCAUGAGGAACCCAGCGCCGAGAUCGCCACUUUUGCUGACCCUGGCCGACUACAACCCGACAGUCUUGCAGUUGGUCACGUUGCCAAACUUUAUCCUCGCCUGGGCUCUGGAACGCAGAGACCAGAACCCCGCCCUGGAGGAGGCCUUCGCGAUGGGAGACGAGCUCGAACUCACACCCGAGGUCUUGCAGCAAUUCAAGGAGUUCCUGACGUCUUCCCAAAUCUCUCUCAAUUUCAUUUCUGGUGGUUGGUCAGUGGAGCUUAUUGAUCUCCUAUAUGAGACUCAGUUCAAGCUGGACGGGUCCAGCAGUUUCGAUACCCUUCUUAUUGGAGCGGAAACCAUCUACUCGCCCUUCGCACUGGACGCUUUUAACGAGAUGGUCCUUGCCAUUCUCAACAGAGAACAGAGCCAACGUAGCAACUGCCAGUCGCAGGCGCUGGUUGGAGCGAAACGGCUUUACUUUGGCGUUGGAGGUUCACUCGAUGAUUUCGUGGACAAGGCUAGGGGAAGAGGAGCAACGGUGACUCAAGUCAGGGAGGAGGCCGAGGGUGUUCGGCGAGGUGUCGUUCGAUGCACUCUGGGCUCGCCUCCUGAAUAG